AUGGAUAAGCACAUGAGUAUAUUGGCAAAACAACAUAUUGAGACACGUUUUGUGAAGAUCCAAGCUGAGAAAAGUCCAUUUUUAGCUGAGAGACGCAAGAUUGUUGUUCUUCCAACUCUUGCCCUCAUAAAGAACACUAAAGUCGAUGAUUAUGUGGUUGGGUUCAAUGAGCUAGGAGGAAAAAACGAUUUUCAGAAUAUGAUGAUUUUCAAUGAAUUUUCUCGUUUCUUGGGAGGCAAUGCUAGCCUCAGUUGGUCCCUGAUUCUCAAGAUAAAGCAGCUAACUGUGCUUACCCUUGCUGAAUCAAACAAGGUAUUGCCCUAUGAUACACUGAUGGUUGAGUUAGAUGUCACCAAUGUUCGUGAACUCGAGGACUUUCUUAUCAAUGAAUGCAUGUAUACGGAUUGUAAUAUACGUUUAAAUUUUAUGAAACAUAAUAAACUCAAAAUCCAUUGA